UUUUUCAUAUAUUAAUAAAUAAUGUAAUAAUAAAAGUAUAAAGUUUACGGAUAUAUAUACUUAAGAGGAUUAUUUUUACAUAUUCGCUUCUAAUGAAAUGAAAUGAAACAUUAAUGUCAGCCUGAUCCAAACAUGCCCGAUAAUCGGAAUUAUACUGUAUUUGAAUUUUAUUUAUGUUUGACAACGUUGUUUUAUUUUUUUUAUCCCCUAAUUUUGUCAUAAUUAAUGUCUUUUGGCGACUCUGCAUUGUAUUGUACAUAUCAGAAGAAAUUUAGUUCGGACGUUUACCGCUAUGUGGUGAUAGUAUUUCGUGGCCCAUGAACGGGAAAUUUUUUAAAAAACCAUAAAUAGACAUAAUUAUGGCAAUUUGUGCUGUGGAUCUGAUGGAAGAUCGCUUUGUUUAUUGUACUGAUAUACGAACAGAUUUACUAAAGUGUUAUGCUCGUUUCAUAGAGUAGAAACUAUGCCUUUAAUUCACAAGAACGUUGAAGAUGACAUUGUUGCGCGGUGAAUAUUUACGAGGCUCGUCGAGUGAGAAAUUUGAAAUAGUUAAUGUUUGUCAACAAACUAUGAAAUAAAAUGACGACGAUGGAAGAAAAAGACAUAUCAUUCUCAUUGAAGAAGGAACGAGACGAACUCGACAUCGUGGAUACUGAUGAUGACAAUAGUAGUCUUGAAGAUAUUAAUAAUCUUUUGUCAAUAUCGUUACCUUCUCUUUCGACGAACAAAUUUCAGUUUCCCACCGAUCCAAACGAUGAAUUUCUUCGAUUGACUACGAAGGUUCGUGCAGUAUAUUAUUCUUACCUCCAUAAAUGUUUACUUGCCAAUUACAUUCUUUACUAUAAAGAUAAAGACAAAGAUAUAUCAUGUGAACAAUUGAAAAAAUGUGCAAAUCAAAUGGAAUUGCAUGCUGUCCGAUCAUCUUUAGAGGCAACUUUGUAUAGGCAAAAUAUGUUGAAGAUGAUUUCAGAUGUGAAGUCUUAUACCUUGGACAAGAAAGCUUAUAAGAAGUUAGUAAUAUUUUUAGAAACUCCACCAAACAAAGUAGAUGUUGGUGUUCAGACUAUUAAUUCAUGGGCAGAAUUGGAGAAAAUUGAUAACAUUCAAAGUAUUUGUAUUACAUCCAAUUGUGAAGAAUUGUCUUUUGAGGAACAAGAAGACUUGCCUCUCAAGGAAGAAGAAGACGCAACAAAUAUAAAAGAAAUUGAAAAAGAAAUAUCUGAUCCUAGUAGUUGCAACAAUACAGCUUCACCCACUGUAAAUUCUACCUGCUGCAAUGAAGUAGAACAGAAUACGUUUAAAACUAAGUUGGAUGAAGAUCUAUCUGAUACAAUGGCAGUCAAUGAAAAAGUAAUUAAAGAAGAAUGUGACAUGUUUAGUUGCACACAAGACAAUUCAAAUACUCAAAUAUUAAAUAAUCCAUCUAAUAUUCAAAAUGAGGAUGAAAAUUCUCAAGAUUCACUUUUGCAACAUAUGGAAGACAUGUUUUGUGAUAGUGAUGAUAGUAGUGAUCUGAUGACAUUAAUAGAAAAACAUUCAGGGGUAAGCAAGGCAAACGUGGACAAAGAAAUCAAUAAAAUAUGUUUGGAGACAGAAUCUUUUUUUCCACUUAAUUCCAAUGACUCUAUUUGCAUACCUGAAAGCAAUGACAGUACAAAGGUUAAUGUUAAAAGCAAUAAUGUAAAACCGUCAAAUGUAAAUACUGGGAAAUAUAGUUUUAGUUAUUACAAAGAAAUGAAAAAUAGGGAAGCCAAUAAAUUGUUAGGAGUAGAAAAUGACACUCCUGAAACUAAACAAAAACGUAAGAUGCACAGCAUUUGGUUUGUUGAACGUGUGUAUCAGGUUUCAAAAUUAAAGGCAAAAAUGACAGAGUUGUCCCUCAAUAAUUAUAGAAAACAUGGAAGGAUAAAAGAGAAAUUUAUUGAACUGUUUGGAGAAUCAGACGAUGAAGAAAUGAUGCCAGAUUCACCGAUCUGUAUUGAAGAGCAUUUAACUGCAUGUAAAGAGAGGAUAGCACCAUGGAUAGUAAAGCAUCUAAUGCCAUUUUAUAAGAAACGAAGAAUAAAAAACAGACAGCUUUUUAAACUAGUUGCAAAGUACAUAGCCGACAUGCUUAUUAUUGAAAAUACUUUCCCUGAGCAAGACUGCGUGAGCAAAUAUAUAGAAACAUAUUUUAAAAAUAAAAAAUUCAUUAGAACUAAACAGGAUGUAUACUUAUAAGUAUAAAUACAUAGUCUUAAUUCGUUAAAGAGAAGAAAUUGUCUUAAUACAACUGAGUUACUAGCGCUAUAAUUAUUUGACUUCGAAAGAUUUCAAAUUUAGAUGUAGUUUAAGGCAACAAUGUACAUAUUAGUUUGAAGACAAAAACGCAAUGAAGAAGUAAACGUUGAUUGUCCAAAGGUAUGCAUACAAAAGGAAUGCAGUGUAAAUGGAAAAGCAUAGUAACGAUUUUUCUUGUAGAAAUGUUUCCUUAUGAAUCAUAUAAAAUUGUUGGUUGAAUUUUUUUUA